GCACUAGCAUUCACUGUUUGAGACCAUUUCAGUUUGGCGCAUACUCUAUGGAGGUUUCUACUCUCCAACCCUCUUGCUCUUUCCCGCUAAAACCCCCUAAAUCAAUCACCAGCGACCGCGCCUCUUCUCUAUCUUUCGUCCCAACUUCGUCUAAAACUCUCUUCCUAUCCCCUAAACCCUCCAAAGGUUUUCAGUUACUAGUUAAACGGGCUAGGUUGCGGCGCCUAUCAGUUGUUGCAGCUGUUGUUGGUGAUAAAACUUCAGUGCCAAGUGAUUGUUCUAGUGGCGAUGAGUUGUCUGUUUCUGAAGCCGGAGGGAAUAGUGAAAAUGGGGAAGGGGAAGGUGGUGUGGGGUCCUUGGAUGACCACAAAAUGACCCGGAUAUGCGAUAAACUGAUUGAGGUUUUCAUGGUUGAUAAGCCCACUACAACUGACUGGAGAAGAUUAUUGGCUUUCAGUAGGGAAUGGGAUGACAUCAGGCCUCAUUUCUUUAAGCGUUGUCAGGACCGAGCAGAUGUUGAGGCUGAUCCUGGAAUGAAGCAUAAGAUUCUUCGGCUUGGGCGGAAAUUGAAAGAGGUAGACAAAGAUGUCCAAAGACACGAUGAACUGCUUAAAGUUGUUAGAGGGGCUCCUGACAUUAGUGAUAUAGUUGCCAGACGCCGCAAAGAUUUCACAAAAGAAUUUUUUGUCCAUCUUCACACAGUUUCUGAGUCUUAUUAUGAGAAUUUAGAAGAGCAAAAUGCUUUGGCAACCAUUGGAAAUACAUGCUUGGCAGCUGUACAAGCAUAUGAUUCUGCCACUGAAAGCAUUGAAGCACUGAAUGCCGCGGAGUUGAAAUUUCAAGAUAUUAUUGAUUCUCCUUCUGUCGAUUCUGCUUGUAGGAAGAUAGACAACUUGGCUGAGAAAAAUCAACUUGACUCAACAUUAGUUAUGAUGAUAACAAAAGCUUGGUCUGCUGCCAAGGAAUCGAGCAUGACAAAAGAUGAGGUAAAAGAUGUAUUAUAUCAUUUGUAUGUGACUGCAAGAGGUAAUCUUCAAAAGCUCAUGCCGAAAGAAAUUCGAAUAGUUAAGUACCUACUCACAAUUGACGAUCCUGAGGAGCGCCUGUCUGCCUUACAAGAUGCAUUUACCCCGGGAGAGGAACUCGAAGGGAAGGAUGUUGAUAACCUCUACACGACCCCUGAGAAGCUUCAUACCUGGAUAAAAGCUGUCGUCGAUGCUUAUCAUUUGAGCAGGGAAGGUACUCUAAUAAGAGAAGCAAGGGACCUGAUGAAUCCAAAGAUCAUAAAAAAACUGGAGGAACUGAAGAAGGUAGUUGAGAAAAAGUUUUUGUGAUGGAGGGUAUACCAUCAACAGUAUGUGUACAUCAAGACUUCUAAUCCGGCGCACCCUUGCCCUAGUGUCUGGAGUUGUAGUUUACGUUAUUGGUGGCAUAAAAUGGCAAGUCUGAAAAACUAGACAUUAUAUGAUUUGUCAGCCUUAUAGGUCAUGAUCGCUGCAGUUUGUUGGGAUUAUGUAGUCUGAUGUACAUCAGCCUCUUUUGUGUUUUUCCAAUUACCCCUUUUUCCUUGUAUAUCACGGCCUCGUUCUUUAGUCAUUUUAUUUCCUCUGCCCGGUUAGCUUGUGGAAGCUUUAUUUUCUCCUGGUAGGUCAUGGAAUUGUUAACUUUCAAGAUGAUCUUCUAAAUAUAUAUACAAUAUUUGUUUGUGAA